AUGUACAAAGAUGCUACCGAGAUAUUCUUCCGGAAUAACACGUUUGUCGUCCCACCGCGGACCUGCAAGUUUUGGGCCCACGAUGGAGAUAAUGGCUGGAUAUCGGGGCAAGGAUACAUGCGGGUCGAUGAUACGGGGUGGUAUCCAGCGUCAUUUUUAAAAUUUUUGAGUCUCUUUCCCGAUUCUACUAGACAUCUGUUGCGCUCGAUUCAACUUGUGAUGCCUCGGAGGUUCCGCUAUGGCUAUUUAGCACAGGGGUCAAACGGUCAUGCAGACUGGCUCGCAACAAUAGACUUCAUUGCCACUGCCUUUCCGGUCUCAAAUCUCACACUGACUGUGGACUUCCCUGUCACCUUUGGACUCAGGCCAGAGUGGCAACUUAAGGAGGGAGAAACGGUUGAACAAAAGGACCGCAGGAUGUGGAGAGAAUACAAGCGUAUCUUAGAACCGCUAGGUAGACUUGAGGGCCUGCAAAACUUAUUUGUGUAUACCGGCUGGCCGAUCGGCAAGGAAAAUUUUCAUCGUCGGGCUAAGCAGGAGCAGUUUCUUGAAAAGCGAGUCAUGGGCGAAGCUUAUGAUAGUUACGCAAGAGGUAAACCUGUAGUUCCAUCAUCGCGGGAGCUUGAAAUGUUUAUCCGAACAUGA